GGAGGAGCUGGUCCAAGUGGCUGGGGAGAGGGAAGUCUGGGCCUCUCUGCUUAGGCUGCUGCCCUCAUCUCUUGGUGGAGAUCCUUAUUUUUCAUUCAAUAAUGAAAUGUUUACAUUUUGCACAGCAAACAGCAAAAUGGCAGCAGAUAAAAAAAGAGCUCAGAGCUGUCACGCAUUGGUGCUAAAGAUAAUUCCUGGAAUUGAAUAGAAAAUCUUCCAUGAAAUGGAUGAAAGAUGAACAUUUUCCUACAUGAAGCAUGUUAACUUCGGUCAGGCCUUUAUUCUUUCCCAGAGAUCCACUUCUGGAAAACGUCCAGACAUAAAAAAGUGAGAGUUUGUGAAGUGAUGAUAGUUUUGCUUGUGUGUGUGCCACAGAAGGAUGUAUGUGGGUGUUCUUGUGAGGUGGGAAGAAACACAACUCCAAUGGGAGGGUGUAAAACCUGCCGCACUGAAGGUAUAAAUAACAGGAGCUCCACAGCGCAUCAAAAGCAGCAGGUGAAUCUUCUGCUAGAGGAGACUCGCUGACUGGAAACAGGAAUUGACUCAGAACGACGAGCCGAUGGGGCAGUUGACAUCCAAACGUAAUCCGUUGGCCCGGAAUUCCCCCUCCUCAAAUGAAGAAGGACCGCCCAGGUACUCGUCACACCAUUUAGAUGGUCACAACCACCAGGACUUCAGUGCGGCUGAGCAUCGUGCCGCCAUGAUGGAGCUGCGCAGAGCCUCCGUCUACAGCACCAUGGACCAGUUGCCCCAGCUGCAGAAUUACGCCAACUCUGCACCUCGUCAGAAAACAAAGAACAGGCCAUCUCUUGAAACCCUCCGCAAUGUGUUUGAGAUAAAAGAGGUAGAAGACACUACCAACCCAGGCGACAUGCAAGAAACAGAUAUCGAAAGUGAAGAAUCUCAAGCUCCCAAAAAGAAAACUCCCCCCAGAUUUGGCUGGGUGAUUGGUGUCACGAUUCGUUGCAUGGUGAAUAUUUGGGGAGUCCUGAUGUUCCUGCGCCUGACAUGGAUCACCUCUCAGGCAGGCGUUGUGCUGACAUUGGUUAUUAUUGCGAUGUCUGUGACCAUGACUACAAUCACUGCUCUAUCCAUUUCUGCCAUUGCUACUAAUGGGAGGGUCAUUUCAGGUGGGACAUACUUCCUGAUCUCCCGGACUCUGGGUCCUGAACUAGGAGGACCCAUUGGAGUUAUCUUCUCCCUUGCCAACGCAGUAGCAUCUUCCCUCAACAUUGUUGGUUUUGCAGAGUUGGUCCAUAAUCUGAUGACGGAACAUAAUGUUGUUUUCAUUGACAAAGCCAACGAUAUCCGUGUCAUUGGAGUGAUCUCAUUCACUCUCCUCUUGUUCAUUAUCCUGGCUGGAUUGGAGUGGGAGAUGAAGACUCAAAUUUUUUUCUUCUCCGCUCUUUGCAUCGCUGUCGCGAGCUACUUUAUCGGCACAUUCAUUCCCGCUUCAGUCGAGAAACAAGCUCUUGGUGUCUUUGGAUAUCGAGGUGAUAUCUUGGCAGAGAACCUAGUACCAAGCUGGAGAGGUUCUCAAGGAAAUUUCUUCCAGAUGUUUUCCAUCUUCUUUCCUGCUGUUACCGGCAUUCUAGCUGGAGCUAACAUCUCUGGAGAUCUUAAAGACCCUAACACUGCCAUCCCCAAAGGCACGCUGAUGUCCAUUCUCUUUACUACAGCAGGCUAUGUGAUGAUCGUUGUAACUUCUGGGGCUUGUGUAUUGCGAGAUGCUUCAGGGAAUGUGUCAGACAUCAUAACUGGGAACAACACAGAUGGCUGUGUGGGACUGGCAUGUAGUCUGGGCUGGAACUUCACACACUGCAGCCAGUCGCAGACCUGUCUGAAUGGGCUAGCCAACACUUCACAGGUACUGGCACAGGUGUCUGCGGUCUUCCACCUCAUCACUGUAGGUGUCAUUGCAUGCAGCUUGUCUUCUGCUCUUGCACAUCUUGUCUCUGCAACAAAGGUCUUCCAGGGUCUGUGCAAGGACAACAUAUACCCGUUCAUUAUGUUCUUUGGAAAGGGUUACGGGAAAAAUAACGAGGCAGUCCGAGGCUACAUUCUCUUCUACCUCAUUGCUGUUGCCUUCAUUCUGAUUGCACAGUUAAACUCGAUCGCUCCCCUGAUUGCCAACUUCUACCUGUGCUCCUACAGUAUUGUGAACUUCACUUGCUUUCACGCCUCUAUAACAAAUUCCCCUGGGUGGAGGCCGAGGUUUAAGUACUACUACAAGUGGAGCUCUCUUUUUGGAGCAGUAGUAUGUGCACUUCUAACAUUUCUGUUCACUUGGUGGGCUGCACUUGUCACCUGGAGCAUUGUCCUCUUCCUCUAUGGAUACGUAGUCUACGCCAAACCAAAGGUCAACUGGGGUUCAUCGAUCCAAGCCGUAACGUAUAACAUGGCCUUGUCAUACUCUGCCUCACUGACUAGUGUGGACGAUCAUGUCAAAAACUUCAGGCCGCAGUGCCUUGUCAUGACUGGGCCCCCAAACCGGCGUCCUGCCCUGGUGGACUUUGUUGCCACCUUCACUAAACAUGUCAGCCUGAUGAUCUGUGGAGACAUUUUAAUGGAGGACAGCAAUACCCAGCCUAAGGAGGCAACAGAUACGUUGGUGAACUGGUUGAACAAGAGGAAGGUCCGAUCUUUUUACACUCCUUUUACCUCUAGCAGCCUCAGAGAAGGCACAAGACACCUGCUGCAGGCAACGGGUCUGGGGAAGCUGAAACCAAACACUCUGGUUCUGGGCUUCAAGUUCAACUGGAGAGAGAGCACUCCGGAAAGUAUCGAGGAUUAUACCAACACAAUUUAUGACACGUUUGACUCCAACUUCUGCUUGUGCAUCCUGAGGAUGAUGGAUGGUCAGGAUAUUGAUAAUGAACUUGAAACUGAAGAGAACCUGGGCUUUGAGCCUGAUGAAUCUGAGGAGAACUCAGAGGAGACCAAGGAAGAGGAGAAUGCAGCCGAUGACGCGUCUGAUGGAGGAAACAGUGACCAGAUGAGGACGGUGUUUCAAAAUAGACAGGGGAUGAAAACCAUCGAUGUCUACUGGAUUGCUGAUGAUGGAGGCCUGACGUUACUGGUGCCGUACCUGUUCACCAGGAGAAGACGCUGGCGCAGAUGUAAGGUCAGAGUUUUCAUCACAGUCGGAGAGGGCUCCAUGAAAGAGAGUCGUGACGACAUCAUUUUCUUGCUGAAGAGGUUCCGCCUGGAGGUUCAUGACGUCAUAGUGAUGACGGACAUAGACAAACAUCCUCAUCCCAAGAGCUUGAGCAGGUUUGAGGAGAAUGUCGCCCCCUUCAGGCUGUUUGAUGAGCAGCAAGUGGGCGUCUCCAUCCAGGAACUGAGACAGGCUUUUCCCUGGAAAAUAUCUGAUAAAGAGUUCGAAGCCUUCAAGCCAAAGUCUGAAAGUAAAGUGAGGCUGAAUGAAAUCAUCAGAAGGAAUUCACAACAUACCGCUCUAGUGCUUGUGAGCCUCCCAGUUCCACAAAAUGACUGUCCCAGUGCUCUGUACAUGGCCUGGCUGGACACCCUGACCUGUGGCCUCCACUGUCCAGCGGUGCUAAUACGAGGAAACCAAGAGAACGUCCUCACGUUCUACUGCCAGUAGAUGAUCGUGUAGAAAGAUGGAGGAGUCUCAGGGGGUUGAUAACUGAAAGCACUGAGUUUAAAUGUUACUAUGGAUGCACAGUAGAUGGGAGGUGGAUGACACAUUGAGGGAAAUCCCCCUGCUUCGCUAACCGUGUACGUAGUAAACACUAAUAACAGCAACAACUCCAAACACACGUUUGUCACACCUGGCAGUGAUAUCUCUGUGGAGGAAUCAGGUCCCGUGCAUAUUUAUAACAUUGUUUCAAUUCAGCCCCAUAGGGGUGUUUUUCCAACAGCCUGUUUAGGGUCAAAGGUCAGGCUUCUCCUUCGGGAUUUUCUGCUACAAAGCAGAAUUCGUGUGGUCCUGAUGCAGCGCAGCAGCCCCGAACCACCAUACCACCAUCACUACGCGUAACCGUGGUGAUCGCUUCACAGAUGUAGCUGAGCGCUCGCCUCCCCGAAGCCUCCCGUGACCUCUAAUGCAGUCCUGCAGUGCUUCAGACGUUCUCCUGGAUGAAUUCAAGUGCUCUUGAUCUUUCUUAGAGCUUUGCUUUUUGAGCUCAUUUAGCCUACUCCAUUAUUUCAGAGAGGUUCUUGUGAAGUGCUUCCUUAAAGAGCAAGUCACCCCCUACCAGAGUAUGACUCCACUCCCACUUCCUGUUUGAAAAAUGCAACAAAUGCUGUUGCUUAGCAGACCGGGAGGGCGGAGCCGCUAACAAAUACACACAGGCUCAUGACAUUAUGACAUCACAUGGUACCAGCUAAUGUUCUAGGGUACCUCUUAGCCAAAAGCGAUGGCAGAUUUAAAUUCAAAUGCAGUGCAGAGUUUUUACCUGACAACGGCAUGACGCUGUUUUAGGCAGAAAAUUAAAAUUUCAACUAAAGUGCUAAACUAUUGACUACACGUGUCUGCAGCACGAUUAGACACGCAUUUAUAUAGUUUAUUUUUAAAAAGUUGAUUUGGGGGUGACUUGCUCUUUAAGUCUGCAGAUCUGGUUGUAGCCAGGGCGUGGGCGUGGCUAAAAUCAGCUUUGUGCCUGAUCUGGUUGAUCACAGUUCACUCGGCAGCUUUGUGACACGGGGCCACGGUGAAUCGAGUGGCUUUUCCCCCCAAAUGAAAUAAUGUGGAUUAUCUCUGAUAUUAAAACAUUUUUAUUGAUGUGAAACAUUAAGCAUGACCCAAAGAAUCAGAAGCAGAAGUGUCCUAGAGGGGGCAGAGCGUUACGGGUCGAGACUUUAGUCCUUUUUGGAUCUUCAGCUGCAGCUUUUCAUCUCACAGCGAGAAGGUUGGAUUUCUCUCGGUGGGUGGAAUAGUGUGUGUAACCCAUGAUGCCGUGUGUUUUUGGAUUGUGGCAUGCCCUACGUGCACUACCACACUCAGGGAUAACCUGAAAGAAACAGGCGGGUUUUUAGGCUCCUAUGUGUCACCUGAGCUAAACAUCUAUAAUUUGUGUUGGUGUGAAGUGUUUUAAAUAAAAUAUUUCUUUUUUGUUUCCUGUAAACAAAUUAUUCUGUUAAAACAGACGUGUGCUUCUCGGUGAACACCGAUUAGCAGUGACGAAUGUGUUUUUCAGCAGGUUGCCUGCACCUGUCGCUGAUUUCCUUAAUAACAUAAAGCUUUUGCCCUUAGCAUCACCACACGUCUGUGGAAACUUCCUCUACCUGCACAAUCGGCUGUUGCAUCCUCGGUGACGUUUGUUUUAUCUGCGUUAUGGCCAGGGCCGGAUUAAUGCACAGGCUUGAUAUGACUUAAGCCUAGGGGGCCACGUGUGUUCUGGGGCCCCCAUUGGCCAGCUAAAAAUAUAUGAUUUUAUUUAAAUUUACAUGCAAGAAUGUUCUUCAACUGUAUUGGCCGACAAAAUCAUAAGCGACACUGAUUGGGUAAACAUUGUGGCGGUCUUGAGUUAAGUAACGUGUCACGUGACACGUCAGAUUCAUGUAUCACAUAGGCUGCUGCACUUAACGAGGGAAAAUGAAAAAAAAAUGUCUGAAAGAAAACAUGAGAGCGUCGCUCAGAAAAGAAAAACGGAGAGAAUCAAAGAGCAAAAGCACAAAAAUCUUCUGCAGAGAAUCCCAAAAUUGUCAGGAUAUUUUAAACCUGCUGCUGGGUUACAGAAAAGCAAGACGUUCACGAUGAAGGCAACGGAGCUGCGCUAGCUGGAGCGGCAGCGGUUCAUGAUGCUAGCUCAAUGGAGGGAACGAGCAGUCACAGAGAAGCUGAUGUUGUCCACUUGGGGGCAGAGGCAGACCUGCUUGAAGUAGUUUCUGAUGGGAGCCCGGCAGAAGGUCCUAGCCAGGUGACGCUGAUGGUGGAUGCUAACUUAAACCCGGAUCCUGGCUGCUGAGGUGAAAUGGAUGAAAAUGCCAGAAAAUAUUGGUAAAUCAUGGUAAAUUCACAAAUACCCAAUGAUUAAUUAUAUUAACAUUUUUAGUUGUUUGACAGCCAUAAUUAAAAUAAAUAUCUGCAGAUAAGAAUAUUUCGCUUCGAUCAAGCAUUUUUGGUUCCGAACAAGUGUAGCCUAUGGGCCCCUGUGCACCUCGAUCCUCCCCUGGUUAUGGCGACAAAAACAUCACCAGUAAAAACGAGCCUAUGCAGACCUGCUGUUAGGCAACAGCAGCCAGUCGAGUGCUGAAGCUUUGACAAUCACUGUCCUGCUCUCGGUGUUCUAACAACACUUUUGUUCAGAAAAUCAGUCAAACAUCACGUUAAAUAACCAACAUAAGACAUAAUGAUAGGGUGCUUCUGUGAACUCUGUAAGAUAAUUCAUUUUAUAAUUUAAGGACAGAAAAUAUUCUGCAGUAAAUUCAUUUGCACAGUAGAGUUUAUUGUGUAUGAACUUCAUUUAAAGGCAUAGUGUGUACAUGUAUGCUUUAAUUGUGCAAUAAAAUUGUUUUCUAAAAUAU